AUGUCUGUAGAUAGACGCGGUGUUGGACUGGCCUCUACCGUGGUUGCUAUCUCUGGCAAGAACGAGGAAGAUCUCGUCGGUCACGUAAACGAUUUCGGACUGAGCAGCGGUUCUUGGGUUCUUGUCGUCGCUGUAGUCAGGAUCGUUAGCGAAAAGAUACUUUCCGUCAGGAGAAAGAGCAGCACCCUCGAAACCUUGGUUGUUUGCUCUUCCGGAGUCUGGGUCCCCGGUGUCGUAGGUCUCGUAAAUUGGAGGAGAAUCGGCAUUGAACGACUGCUCGUUGUUUCUGUAAGGAACAAUUGCAUCUGGAGGCAGAGUGAAGUCGAUCAGAGUUCCGUUGGAGUCGAACUUGUACAAGCCAGGGCCGUACUCGUCGGUAAUCCAGAAGCCGUUGUUGAUGUCACCCUCAACCAAUCUAAGAGCCUCAGGGUCCAAGCAAACGUAGGUAGUGGUUUUUCCCGAGUCGAGAUCUGCUCCAAAGCCGUUUCCAACAAAAGCAGAGGCAGGCAGAGUGUAGCCGUUUUGCUCGAGAGUGGUGUUGCAAUCCAGACCAGUCAUGAAGUCUCCGUUGAAAUCUUUCAACAAAAUGGUGUCCUGGUAGUCCCAGACCAGAUUUUGCGAGGAAGAACUGUUCAAUGGGGUGAACUUGGCACCGUACUUAUGGAUUCUAGGAACAAAGUUCAAAGUACCAUUGGUGUUCCAUCCUCUAUCAGGAAGAUUGUAGGUAACGAAGCUGUAGACUCCGUUGGAAACGGACAACGAAGGCUCUUGCAAAGCAACCGAGGAACCAAAAGAAAUGGUGUCUUUGUACUUAUCAACGGAGUCACCGGGAGCAAAACCAUACCCAACUAA